CAGUAUCCUCAGAUAACUGAUUAUUUACUGCUUGGGUAGCAACAAUGCUGUUAAAAUGCAGCUAAAACAUGAACAUGAUGUAUGUUUAUCUUGAAUAAUGGUGGGGGAAGCCAAAAAUUGCUUAUUUGAGAAAACGGUUGGAAGUUAAAUAACGGACCACAUCAUUUGGCAUCACGCUGCUGUCUCUUGAAGGGACAGAAUACUUGGUGGUGCGGUGAAUUUCUCAUCUACCUAGCAGUCAUGUACUGUAAUGGACUCACAGCAGCUUGCCUUAUAAUAGGCAGCAUAUUGAAGCAUCAGGUGUGUUACGAUGAAUUGGGCUGUUUUUCAACACGACCCCCGUGGAGGUCAAUAAUAGAUAGAGAACGGAGGUUCAUCCCUCCACCACAGUCUCCAGGGAAGGUUGGUGUCACUGUCACCUUCUUCGCCAGAAAUUUGGGUCUACAAUUGAAAAUGGUCAUCUGGUGAAUCUUAGAGGAAGUAUCUAUUUCAAUGACAAAGAUUUUGAUGCGGGCCGUAACAAGACGUUUUUCAUCAUACAUGGAUUCCUUGAUGAAAGGAAAGAAGAUUGGUUGAGAACUAUGAAGGACGAACUCCUUAAAAAGGAAGAUGCGAAUGUUUUUAUUGUGGAUUGGGGAAGAGGUUUAAUCGAUCUACCCAAUUAUUGGCAAGCAGUAUCGAACACACGAAUUGCAGGAGCUGAGUUAGCCAGAUUCAUCAAGCUUCUAAAUAAAAAAUACAACCUUCAGGCAGGCAACAUUCAUCUGAUUGGUCACAGUCUCGGAGCACAUGUUGCCUCUUAAGCAGCCAAGGAGAGUAUGAAAGGAAGAAUUGGGCGAAUUACAGGUUUGGACCCUGCACAGCCUGGCUUCGAAGGCACGCCUGUAGAAGUACGAUUGGAUAAAACAGAUGCACGAUUUGUGGACGUUUACCAUACCAACACGCGACCAUUUAUCCCAUUAGCAGGAUUUGGAAUGAUCAAUCCUGUCGGUCAUGUUGAUGUCUAUUACAAUGGUGGUCAUGAUCAGCCCGGAUGUGGUCUUAUAAAUGUUGGACCCAUUCAUGAUAUAAGGGAUCUUCCAAACCAUGCGCUUUUGACUUGUUCACACUUACGUGCUCAUGAGUACUUCACAGCAUCAAUCAAUAGUGGAGGUUGUGAAGUCUGGGCUCGUAAAGUCAAUAUGCCAAUUGGAAAUUCUAUCAUGUCUUCCAUGUUUGGUAGACUCCCAGUUCACUCUUCGGUUAAGGUAUGUUCCCUGGAAACGUGCACUAUAGCUGGCUACAAAGCUGAUCUACCCGGCCUCCCCAGAGAGGGAGUGUUUGCUGCUACCACCCUUGGUGUCCCUCCAUAUUGUAUUUCCGACCAUGAGAACAUGAUUGUGAACAAGAACAUUUUCAAGGAGAUGAAAUAUACUAAAUCAUCUAAGGAGGAAGAGUCAAACAUCGAAAUACCAUCUGAGGUUUCCCAAAUGGCAACUAUGGACAAUGAAAACGAUGACAUGGAUGAACAUGCUGAUGAUUUCAUGUCUGAGUCAGGAAGUCAAAACUUUACUGAAGAUGAUUUGUAUGAAAUAGUCACAAGAGGACAUUGAUGCAAUCUCUCCACUGUCGCAUCUUCAGAAAUUGCGCUUUUUAUAGAAGGAUUCAAGCAGAAUACUGGAGAAAUGUAAUUUUUGACAUUGAUGAUAAUUGGAUAAAAUUUUUCCAAUAAAGAAAUCACGGAGCGAUGUA